UCGCCAUAACAGUCUUGGUUUGGAUCGGAUUCGGUGCUCCGCUGCCUGUGAUGAGAAAUCGCAGUAAUCCUGCCUAGUGUCUCGCCAAAAUGAUCUCUUGACUUGGCCAGCAGUUGAUCGAGUAGACAAACUUGGCAAAUCCGUGCUUAGUUCCGCCUAAGAAAGAGUCGCCAGCCAAAUCUCAGAAAAAUGGAGCUGAGAGUGGGCAACAAAUACCGUCUCGGACGCAAGAUCGGGAGCGGUUCCUUCGGAGACAUUUACCUAGGCACCAACAUCACGACCGGCGAGGAGGUGGCCAUCAAGCUGGAAUGCAUCAAAACCAGACACCCUCAGUUGCACAUAGAAUCCAAAUUCUACAAAAUGAUGCAAGGAGGAGUGGGAAUCCCGAUGAUCAAGUGGUGCGGCUCCGAAGGCGACUACAAUGUCAUGGUGAUGGAGCUGCUCGGCCCUUCGCUCGAAGAUCUCUUCAAUUUCUGUUCCCGAAGAUUUUCACUGAAGACUGUACUACUCUUAGCAGACCAACUGAUUAGCCGAAUAGACUUCAUUCACUCGCGGAAUUUCAUCCACCGCGACAUAAAACCGGACAACUUCCUCAUGGGGCUGGGUAAAAAAGGCAACUUGGUCUACAUCAUCGACUUUGGCCUGGCCAAGAAGUACAGAGACGGACGCACACACCAACACAUCCUCUACAGGGAAAAUAAAAAUCUGACCGGAACGGCACGAUACGCUUCAAUUAGUACCCACUUGGGAAUCGAGCAAAGCAGGAGAGACGACCUGGAAUCGCUGGGUUACGUGCUGAUGUACUUCAACCGCGGGUCGCUGCCGUGGCAAGGCCUGAAGGCCGCCACGAAACGCCAGAAGUACGAACGCAUCUCAGAAAAGAAAAUGGGCACGCCCAUCGAGGAGCUGACUCGCGGCUAUCCAGCUGAAUUCGCCACAUAUCUCUACUACUGCCGUUCGCUCCGAUUCGAAGAGCGUCCCGACUAUAAUUACCUGCGACAAAUGUUCCGAUCGCUCUUCCACCGCCAGGGCUUCACUUAUGAUUAUGUUUUCGACUGGAACAUGCUCAAGUUUGGAGCGUCUCGACUGGGUCAGGAGGAGGCGGGUCGCGAGCGGCGCUACCCGACGCGGAUGGGCCAGUUUGCCGGGAGCCAGCAGCAGAACCAGCCAGGGCAGCAGGGCGGCGCCGGCGUGAGCGGCGGCGUGGGCGGCGCCUCGGGCAACGCGCGCCACCCGAAGACGGCGUCCGGCGCGGUGGUCAGCCCGGUGGAGACGCCGUCGCGGCAGGCGCUGGCAGCGGCGUCACCCGCGGCGGCGGCAGCGGCGGCGGCGGUCGGCGCCACGACCACGGCGUCGCCGUCGUCGGGCAAAAGACGGUGAGAAAAGUGACUGGAAUCGCUGCUUCGUCCUUAUCCGGUUAAUUGGUUUGACUGUGAUUUGCCCCCUGGACAUUUUCGGAGCUGCUGGUCCAUGAAAUGGCCUAAGCGAAUUCGUUUGAUGAUUAAACUCGGCGUCGUGGUGUCUCGGAACUUUUUCUAGCUGUUAUUUGCCCGGUAGGACAGUGCAUAAUAAUUAAAAAGUGUUGUGCCAGCGUCUCGACUGACACCCCCUCCCUCGCGUUGGCCGGCCGAGUGUGAGAGCCAGCGAGGCAGAUCGUUUACACUGUUCUUGAUCGUUGUCUACUCGUGAGAACACCCCAAUUCUUGUCGCUAUGUAUUCGCUUCCAAUAGGUUUAUGUUUUUGGUUGCUUCGAUUCGACUGACACUUUGGUCCAUCGCAAGAAGAAGAUGAAGAAGAAGUGAAUUCUGACCACUUUUGUACUUAAUUUCUACGCUAAUAAUUCGGCUCGAAGAAGAGACGUUCAGUGUUCGGAGCCGUGUCGGCAGGUUACUGUGAUUUCAUUGUUGUUUUUGGCGAAAUCUGCACUUCAAAUUCGGUUUUUUAAAAAUUCGUGUCGUGGAAAAUUGUCCCAUCUCUCGCCCCGCCCACUUUUAUAUCGGACAGGACAGCUCUACCAACUGGAGCCAAUUUCAUUCCGAUUAAAGUGGGCGGGGCCGUUAUUUUGGCGUUUUUUGGUUUGAAUCCAUCAAAUCAGACUCUGUGAUUCGCUUUUAGACCGAGACAGCAGCGCCACGGUGGCAAACCGGGCUACUGCUACGUCAUUUGCCUGCCGCUGUGGCGCUGCUGUCUCGAUUCCCGCCAAAAUAACGGUUUUUACGAAUAUUAAAUGCCAUCUGGUGGCGGCUCCGGAUAACACCACGCACUUUCCGAAGUGCCGAAUUCACGCUCUCUUUGACUCAUUCGAUUUUAAGACACCGAUCCCCCCACCCCACCCCCUUAUUGUAUUUAUUAAUGUGUCGAUAUAUUCAUUUUUGAUACCCCGGUUCAGAUCAAUUAAAAUAAUCAACGGAUAGAUUCGCGAGCUUUUGAGUGACAAUGCCAAUUGUAAAUGUAAAUAUGAUGAAUUUCGAGAGCGUGUCGGCUUGAUAAACAAAAAAAAAGGAAACCAUCAUCUUGUAUGAUACAUUGUACAUAUAUUUUUAUAUAUAUUUCGUGUGUGCGCGAAACCGAUCGAACGAAGAAGUGGUGAUUAAUUAGCACGUGUUUUAAUCCGAGCAUGUACAUAUAUAAACACACACACACACACUCACACACAUUACGAUGGUUAUAUAUUGCUGCUGCCUUACGAGUAUCACACACACACACACACACACACACACACACUCACUCACUCACAGAAAGAAAGAGAGAAACACACACUCACGCACGCCGCGAAUAUUCCUGCAGCCACGACGAAGCCGUGUGUCCCGCCGCCGUCGCCAUUUUCGAGCCAAUUUCGCGGGCCGCUCUUAGUGUGUGCGAGAAUAUAUAUAUAAAAAAAUUGUGAAUUUUUGUUGCAACAACAAAGGAUAGAUAACGAGUUAUAAUUACGAAACAAAACAAAUUAAAACAACAAAGGAUCGACGAUUUGGAGAAGGAAUGGAAGGAAGGAAAGAAGGAAGGAAGAAGCUAUGAUUAUGAACAUGAUGUGAUUCAUGUCUAUCAAUUUAAGUAACAAAUUGUAUUGAUUACGAUAUGACGUGCGAUGAAAGUAUAAAAAAAACAUGCAUUAUUUGUUGUGAUGUAUACAAUUUUCGGGUAUUAAAAUGUCGAAAAAUGAAACCAAA